CGAGCCCAACUCCCGAUGGGGACACCCAAGACCAAACUGGACGAGGCCCUGGGCAGGGGUUGGCCCUGGAAAACCCUCAGGGCGCCGCCCCCGCCAGCCCAGGACUACAACUCCCAGCAGCCCCCGCGGCGGCGCCUCAGCAGCGGCGGGACGAGGCGGGACGCGGUGAGGCGAGGCGCGGCCAUGGCGGGGGCGCUGGAGCCGUACCUGGACUCGCUGCGGCGGGAGCUGCAGGCGCCCGGCCCCGCCGCCUUCUCCGUGCUGCUGGCGCUGCUCCUGGUCGCCCUCACGCUCCUGCUCUGGAGGCUCGCGCAGGCCGGGAGGAGCGGCCGCAGGGCCGUGCUGCUGCUGGGGCUGUGCGACGCGGGCAAGACGCUGCUGUUCGCCAGGCUGCUGACGGGCAAGUACCGGGACACGCAGACGUCGAUAACCGACAGCUCUGCCGUCUACAGGGUCAGCAGCGACAAGAACGCUAAUGUGACUUUAAUCGACCUCCCAGGCCACGAGAGCCUGCGGCUUCAGUUCCUGGAGAGGUUCAAGGCUGCAGCCAGAGCCAUUGUGUUUGUGGUGGACAGCGUAGCUUUCCAGCGGGAGGUGAAGGAUGUGGCAGAGUUCCUGUACCAGGUCCUGGUCGACAGCACAGUGCUCAAAAACGCGCCCGCACUGCUGAUAGCUUGCAACAAGCAAGAUGUCACAAUGGCAAAAUCAGCAAAACUUAUUCAACAGCAGCUGGAGAAAGAGCUCAACACCUUACGAGUGACCCGCUCUGCAGCCCCCACCAGCCUGGAUGGCUCCGCCGUAGGGGGCCCCGCUCAGCUGGGAAAGAAGGGCAAGGACUUUGACUUCUCCCAGCUGCCAAUGAGGGUGGAGUUUGUGGAGUGCAGCGCCCGUGGCAGCAAGGGAGAGGAGGGAGAUGCUGACUUCGAGGGCCUUGAGAAGUGGCUGGCCAAGAUCGCUUGAAUGGAGAAGGGCAGGGCAGGAGGGAGAGAUGUGGGGAGGCUGGGUGGGUGGGACACGUGGAGAGUGAAAGGAAAGAGAUGGUUUGAGGCGCUUAAAUCUCAUCUUGUAGAAGAUACUUCUGGAAAUUUCUUCUAGAAAAAGCUGGAAACAAGCAUUGCGGUGUCUUCCUCUGCUGCUUAUGGCCUUGGGAGUAAUGUAAUAUCUGGUGUGAUUUCUCUGACUGUGUCCAUCACGCUGCAACCUUUUUUUGCUCUUCCUUCUUCCUUCAUCUUUCUCUGGGAUGCUUACCCUAUGGGCUUCUGUGUUUCCUUGAAGUGUUUGGUCUUUUCAUGUGACAGCUGCCAGGCAAAUUAGGGACAAGAGCACUGCCAGGUGAGUCUUCUAGGGACUGGAAUCUUUGUCCUUUUCUGCUUUGGUUUAGCGUUGCAUCCCUGUUACUUCUGCUUACUUACCUGCUGCCCUGGCAAAGUACACAGACUCUUUCUGUUGUGCAGUUGCUGAGGCGAGUAAAAAAAGCUGUUUUCCUCCAUCUCCUACCUCCCCAUUCUUCCAGACUGGUGCAGUCCAGUUUCUGUGGGACUGGAGCGACUUAAUAAAUCCCCAAAGCAGGCUGGCUCAUCUACCUCUGUCACUGUGCACUGCCGGUGUCUGGCUGCGGUGCCUUUGUCCUUGGGUGAUUUCUUCUGUUGGAUGGUUCUUGGGAGUUUUUCUUUUAAAUGGGGGCUACGACCUGAAAGCUUGUUUCCCUCUCCUCUGACAGACAUGAAUGCACGCUUUCCAUAUGAUAGUUACAGAAGGGUCUUGGCUUCAAGCAAUGAGGAAGAGGCAUUUUUAGAUAGAUGCCUAUGUUGUUGGUGAGAUUUGUCAUGCCAGAUUGUUUGUUGUGCAAUCCCCUGCCCGUCUCCUCCCUAGUGACUGCAAUAAAGAGACCUUUUUGUGUUUGUAAUCAGCAGUUGCAACAAAGUGAGAGAGAAUAUUGGGCAGGUAGCACACUCAUGUGCGAGCGUGAUUCCUCCCUGAAAAAAGAUGCUUGGUGCAGAAGGAAAUGUGAUUUUUUUCCAGUGUUUCUUUGUGGUGGUUGAAGCCAAAGUGCUGCUGUAUGCGUGCUCUCACUCAGAGAGUGCUUGUUGCUCUGGCUCUUGCAGCGGCUUGGCUGCCUAUUUGGAGGCUGGAAGUGAUGGUGGUGGUAUCUUAACUCAGCAUACGUUAGACCUCAACUUUCCAAAGGACCCUUGCUCUUGCCAGGAGUGUUGGUUAUCCAAAGGGAAAUGUUGCAGCAGCGUUAGUGCUGGCCAUGUGGGAGAUGAGACCCUGGUGUCAUGCGGGCUAUUCGGCUUCCCUUUCCUGAACAACAAACAGCCUUAAAACACCAGGCAGUCACCCUGCCCAGCAGCUUUGUCCUUUGUUAGGGUACUAGCUCAGCAUGGCUUUUCUGUGAGGAUGAUUGCUUUCUAGGAUGCCGUACUGGAUUUGCAAGGUCUUAUUGCAUUGAAGCUUUUCCUCCAUUUUUCUUGCUUCCUCUUGUUUGAGGGAAGGAGGGACUGAAUGGUUCCUGAUAGAGCUUUUCUGUCCUCUGCAGACAUCUCUGGUUUGAUGCUUCCUUAAUCGCUCAACUGGUGUGUUAUGUUCUUCUCCCUUCUUUCUGGGCAUCCUCUGCCUCCCUGUCGCAUUCUCAAGGGUUAGUAGUGAUGGGAAGAGCAAGAACAGCCUUUUCUGCAAAGACCUGUGCUUGCGAUGGGGCUGGGCCUGGCACUUGUAGUCUUGUGAACCUGGUGUGUCUUUGUGGGCACCUGGCCCUUUCCUCUGCAGCUGGGAGUGCUUGGGGGUGGUCCUGAGCAAGGAAGGGGCUGUGGCCUCCUGUGUAGGGGAAGCUCCAGGCUGGCUGGUGACUGCAAGGGAGAGCUGAGGUGAGGCUGGCCUCCAGACCAAGCCAGGAGGUGUUGUGUCCCUAUGGGAGGUGGGGAGGCUUAUAUUGAUGAAGUACCUUCUAUCUAUCCUUCUAUUUGCAGCCAGACCAUUGCUGCAUCUUGUUUUGCGUGAACUCUCUUUGCUGGAGCCCCUUCACAGGACACCGUAUUUCAAUCCAUAAUGCUGAAAGGAGAAUAUUGCUGUCUUUGGGUGGUAACUCUGUAUAGAGCCUUCUUCCAAAGCGGAGGCUGAGCAUCAGCUUCUGGUAGGAGAAGGUAGUUCAAGGCCACAACCGCUUUUAAGUUAUUCUUUCAUAAAUAUAUUCCUUUAAUAAAAAAAAAAAAAAGU